GUGAAAUUUGCAGCUUGUAGCGUCCAAUAGAAAUCCAGUGAUUCCCAAAUAAAGCAGAGACAGCCUUCGAGUCUGUCCUAGAAACUGCGGAAGCUCCCGCGGCUCUGCAACAGAAAGAGUUAAGAUUUUAAGGUUGCUGAUACAUUAUGGUGAAUGCUACUAAAGGAUUGUUUAUCUCUUGUGACAUACCUAUGGCGCAAUUCAUCAUCAAUUACAACAAUUCACUGCCUCCAUCACAAAAGUUCAUAAUACACGUCUUGGAUGGCACUCACUUGUUUGUGCAACAGCAUGCAGCUGAGAUGAUAAGAAGUGCCAUUUCAGAAUUUAGAGACCAGAAUUCUUAUGAGAAGCCUACUUGAAUAUCUUCUUUUGACCGGAUGUUUACAUUGUACGAUCAUCCUUGUAUUAUCAAUUAGUGAAUUACAGCUUACUCGUGUAGUAAGCAUUUACCUACCUUGUGAACACAAUAGAAUUGUUAGGUUUGCUUCCAUUAUAUACUUAUAUUGAAUUCAGUGUUCAUGAAGUGAACAUUGCUUUGAUUUUGAUCUUCUAAGAAAUCACAUUUGAUAACUUAACUUGCAA